AUGGACCGCUUUCUGCUUCUGUUGACCUGCACGCUCGUAUUUAACUACAUACAUCCACAGAGAGGGGCUGAUGCACAGUCGAUGUUCACCAUCAGAAAUAUCAGUAUAUCCCUCGAACCCGAAUCCAAUGUGAUGCGGGGCACCAACGUGACUGUGCGCUGUCAGGCAUUGGUCAGCAUUUCAGGCACAGGGCCACUGAGUCGAGAGUACACAAUCUACAAGGACAGUGUCAUAGUGUACACAAAGACCACCAGCAGCUCAGACGACCUCCUGUACCGCCUCCCUGACGCCAGGGUCUUCAACACGGGCAAAUACAAGUGUAAGAUCAACAUUGAAGGCAGGAAGCUGACCAGCGAGGCCAAGAAACUCUCAGUUACAGGUCUUUCUGCACCACUGCUUCAUUUGAACAACGCGGUCAUCAGUGAGGGGGAGGAGCUAACAGCCAGGUGUACAGCGCCCGGAGAGACGGGCGCCAUCAUUUUCUACUUCUACGAUGACACCAAAGAAAUCCUGGAGGACCGUGUGAACUCCAACCAAUCAGAAGUCAAACUUCGCUUCAACCGUGUCGGCAUCCACAAAAUGUACUGUUCCUACACCGUCUUUGUGACGCCGCAGCCCUUCCUGUCCAGCAAGAGCAACACUGUAACCAUCUCAGUCAAAGAGCUUUCCAUCACGCCAGUUUUGGAGAUUUUUCCUUACAGUAAAAUCUACGAAGGAGACAGACUUGACAUUAUGUGCGGCAUCAGAGACCUCAUGCCUGACAUGGAGGGAAAUGUACACCUCUACCUGAGCCGUGGGACGCAGCUUCUCAGAAGAGGGAACACCAAUGUCAACCACAGCAUGAUCGCAUUGGCCAAGGACACUGAGGAGUUUGAGUGCAGACUGGAGAUGGGAAACGUUGUGAAAGUCGACACAAAAAAGGUUGCAGUGACUGAGCUCUUUUCAAUGCCCACUCUCACCAUGUCUCCAAGUGAAGUCUUUCAAAGGGAAUACAUGACUCUGAGCUGCAAAAGUGACAGCGUCGCUUCAGAGAGAAUCCACAGGGAUGAGUUGACUUACACUUUGGAUCCACCGGAGAGUCUCCUGAUCCCAAAGAGCACAGGCGUGUUUUAUGGCAAAGCCCUGCUCUACGAUUUCAACUACACUUGCAUCGCUCAAGCCAAGGGCAUCAGGAAAUACAGUCAACCAUUGACAGUCCGACCUAAAGUAACCGUGUCGACACCAAAGAUCUCAGUGGUUGGCAGGGCAGUGCUUGGGCGUCCCUUCAAGAUCCUGUGUCAGUCGGAUACAGGCAGCCUACCCAUAAACUACACUUUGCUUAAGGAAUAUCAGCAGCUGAGCGUGGCCAGUGUCAAAAUGCCUUUUGAACAGGCUCUGUUCACCGUCACAGUCAACCACCCUGGCGAAAUCAACAAGUUCAUGUGCGAGGCCAAGAACAGCCAGAGGGAAGCGCCACUCAGCAAAAGAUUAGAUGCCGCUGUUGUUGUGCCGCUGUCUCAUCCGACCCUCACCGUCAUCCCUAACCUGCCGGAAAUUGCAGAGGGAGAUCAUCUAUUCCUUAUCUGUGGCGUAAAGGGCACCCCGCCCAUCACCUUUAAGUGGUAUCGUGAUGACAGCAACAAACCGGUAUUUACCACCACCUCUGACAAGAACAAUACCGACUAUCAGAUUGAAGCAUUGGGUAAAGAUGACAGUGGUACCUACUACUGUGAGGCCCUCAAUCACGCCAACAAUGUCGUCCGCAGCGCACAGGUCACCAUAGAAGUGCGCCUGGCCUUAUGGAAGAAGGUGGUGAUCGGGGGCUUCUGUCUUCUGGUGCUGUCGGUGGUGGUGAUAGUCAUUGUGCUGUGCUUCAGGUCCAAGAGAGGUAAAAGGGAAGCAGCUGCUGAAUUGUCAGUAAAGCCUUCGAGCCCUAAAUCAGAUGACUCUUUAACAGUGAGUCUAACCCGUGACACAGAGGUUAAUAAUGCAGCCCCAGGUAAAGUGGAGAGAGUAGACAUCAGCGUGUGGAGCGAGCGGCCACCUCAAACAGCCAACGACGAGGAGAGCAGCAUGGUGUCCAAUGAGCCAGACGUGGAGUACACUGAGGUGGUGCAUCCUCAACCAACAGACAUAUCCAGAGCACCACUGAGGAAAGGCACAGAAACAGUCUACAGCGAGCUCCAGAAUUCCCCACAUGGUGCUGAUGACCCCCCUGGUUAUGGUUCUGUGGAGUAUGCUGAUCUCAAUGUAGAACAACAUGAGAUGAAUCACUAUCCAGUUGAGCACACUGACUGCCAGGAUCUACCCGUUCCAGUGGAUUAG